AGCACUGCGGUGAGAAAGGAAGCAUCCAAAACGUCUGUAUGAUCUUUUCGUCUGGUUUUGUUGGGUUUUCUGGUUUUUCUUUUUAAAAGUUUUUUCCCCUGCAGUUGACUCUUUCAACAAAGAAAGAAUUGUUUUACUCCCUCUUCUCUCCUUUCCACGUGAACGCGGCUUAUUCGCCUAGCGUGAUUCGAUCAGACGCUGGGGGCGAAGCGUUACCAGCGUGACGUGAGCCGUUGCAGCACUGACUACGUAGCGCAAGCAAACAGAAAGAAAAGAGAAAAAGAAAGCGCUCGAAGAACGAGCAAAGAGCUGUCUCGGCAACUUUUUUUGGUUGUUGUAUUUAUUAAGCGUCUAAAAAAGGUCUCUUUCUCACAUUUUCGAAUUUCACAAAUAGGUGAAAGGGGUGCUAGAUUCACACACACACGCACACACACACACACAUCAUCAUCAUCAUCACACUCCAGCGUUGCACAUUGAGAUACAAGUGCAAGGUUGUUGGCUCGUUGAUAUACACAUAUUCGUAGGUCAGUAGAAGCAGGUGCCUGCAGGAGCCGAUCUGUCUUUUUCUUUUCUCUUCCCCCUUUUAAAUAUACGAGCGUAGCGAUAUUUUGUAUUUAGGAGCUAUCAAGCGAAACAUCAGCGUCUCCUCCGCGAGUGCUCGUUUGAGGGUUGAUCCUGGGUUUCUUCUUCUUUACAACGCUCUUUCUCAUCUUCUGUACUCCGUGUUUGUGCUUUGUGCUACAUCAUCAGUGUGCGUGUGAAUCGACCUCAAAAGUAUAGAUUUAUUAAUAUUAUUUUUGAAAUUGAAAAUCAGCGGCAGCAGAAACAAACACCUUCGUAUAUCUCGCUGCUUCAUCUGCGCACACUCGUCGCUGGGUUCUUUUGUGGUUGCUGUUGCGACGUAAUAUACAGUCAUUAACCCCAUUCAGAGGGAUUGUACGCAUAAGAUGUUCACCAGUAGAAGUUUUGCCGCGCGCGAUACGGAGCUGCAGUCUGCGCUGACAGCGCUGCAUAAGGCGCACUACCACACGCACGAGGACGUCGUCGGCAUUCUGUUGGCCGACGACUUCCGCGCGGACGCGAUGCGUGGGGAGUACUACACCACCACGUACCUGCGCCAUCGGCUUCCCUUGCUUUUUAGUUUAGCACUGUGCAAAUGGCGGCCGCACCGUCACAUGCGGACGCAGCUACUACAGAAAAAAGACCGACUCCACUCGUCCGACAAUCUCGUCCAACGUGGCGAUGCGCCGCGCGACAGCGAAGAGGACAGCGAGGACGCGCAGCAUCAGCGGCGACACCGCCGCGACGGCGGCAGCUACGGUCUCCGAUCCGACGACGGUGCCGACAGCAGCCUUUCUCCCGCCGGCGCGGUGGACCGCAGCAAGAGUUUAUUACACCGCGAUGCGAGCAUGAGCGACGACUCGCAGCGCGAGACGUGGAGUGCAGAGCACACCCCGGCCCCUUCUACGCCGUCGCCGCCGCCCGCAACCGCAGCAGCGGCAAAGGGCAACGGUGGACUGACACAUGAGCAGCAAACGCAGCUGUCCAUCUUGGCGUUGCAGCUGCUGUGCGGUGAUCGCUCGCGGGUGCGCGAGGGCUCCGCCGAGGCUUUCACCGCCGUCUGCGGGCCCAUCUGGGACGCCCGCACCGUCCGCGCCUUCUACGAUGACCACCGCCGUCUGGUGCGGUGGACCUGCCGGGUGCUGCACGCCUCGUGUGAAUGGAUGGAGAUCGUCGUGCGGCGUGCGGUGGAGGACGAGCUGCUGGAGGCGCCCGCCUCCGUCAGCGCCCCGAAUCCGCACGUUCACGACGUCUCCUCGGGAGUGGUGCCCGGCUGCGGUGACUCGGCCGAUGCCGUCGCGGCGCCAUUGAUGUCGACGUCGUCGUCGUCGCCGCGCCGAUCACGCGAGCACCGCGCCGUCUCUGUCGGAGCGCGCCGCCUCCCGUCCUGCACCGUCUACUCGCCUCGUAAGGAGGCCUCUUCCGCGAACCCGAUCUCACUGGAUGGGCGGCAGCCGGCCUCGAGCACCUCCUCGAACGACUCCGGCUCGGACACGCAGGACGGGACACCGCACUUCCGCCGCCUCCGCCGCCUCCGCAGCGAGCCGCCGCUCAUGACGACGCUGCCGCCGCGGGUUCCGCAGAGAAGCGGGUCGAACACGCUUCUGCACCCGCAGUCCGAGCAGGUGUCGUGUGGGCAGAAUACUCCGCCGCCCCCGCCGCCUCCGCCUCCCAUUGCGUCGAGCGUGACGCCCCCCUCUAGUACGCCGAAGCAUAACUAUCGGACCACCUUUGCCUCCACGGCCGAGCUGGAGGCCUCGCUGGAGCUGCACUGCCGUCGCAUCCGUCACGCGCUGAUGCUGCUGGAGUCGCUUCUCGUGUCGCUCGUGCUGGUGCAGUCGUAUAUCUACCGCACCGAGCCUGGGCGGUCGAACAUGCCACCGUGGCUACGCCCAGAUGGUAGCAGCAACAGUAGUAGCGGCAGUGCGAGCAGCGAGUCCAGCGGGAUCGACGACUCACUGUCGGAUCGCGACGACGACUGCGACGGCGGCCGCCGCGAGGACGUCAGUGAGGAUGGCAGCAUCGAUGGCGGUGGUCAUCGUCGUCGUGUGCAGACCGGCUCCUUACUGGAGAGUGCCAUCGAUAGUCGCCGCCGCCUGCGUCGACAACGGCGACAACGGCAGCGCUCGCAGACCACCGUCAGCAUAAAAGACCGCAGCUCCCCGUUUGAGCUGCGCACCGACACGUGCUCCUCCUUCGGCACAAUCCGCGGCGCCGGAGAAGAGGUGGUGGACGCGCAGAUCGCAGCGGAGGCGAAGGAGCCCCCGCUGGGCCUGCUGGUGCGGCAUAGCCUCCACGCCUUCACCGAAACCUUCCUGUGCAUCACCACGGUACAGCAGCAGCUGCAGGAGUACAGCCACGAGAGCCGUCACGCACCGGUUUCCACAACGACGGUGCUACCAAACCGCUCCUUCACGGUUGCCUCCGCGAUGACAACCUCGUCUGAGAACACCAACAAUGAUAAUAAUAAUAAUAGCAGUAACACCAGCCGCCUUAGCUCCCACAACCUCCUCCGUUACCCAUCACCCCCGUAUCUGCUGCCCAGUUACACCGCCACUACCACGGCCGGCAGCGCGGUAUCCCCCGUCACGCCGGUGGAGUCGGAGUCGGAGACGCUCGUGGCGGCACGUGGCACCCCGGCGGCCUACGCGUGCCCCACCUGCCAACGCUUUCACCAGGUCGAGGAGAUGCUCCUCGUGGCGGCGAAUACGAACUUGGAGGUGCUGAAGAAGACGGCCAUCGCUUUCGCCGCGAACCACUCCGCCAUCGCCGCGGAAUCCAUCCGUGUAAUUGACGCGGAGGGCGCCGUCUUCACCUCGCAGGCGACGAUGCUGCUUGCCCACGUCCUCACACCCGACCUGCUCGCUGCCCACCCACCCGGGUCUCGCGGCGGGAUGGCGCUGGAGUGGGUGCUGAACUACGUCUUUGGCGGCUGCAGCGGCGCGGAUGUGCGACAGCAUCAGCAGCAACAAGAGCGUCAGCACGUCGCCGGCGUGGCCGACGCCAAUUCCAGCUUCGACUGCUUCAGCCUCGUCAACAGCAGCUUCAGCAGCACCAACCCGCAGAGCACAGACGCGAGUGACCCGGAUGGGCACUCUUUGUCCUCCGACGGCGGGUGGCGCAGCCUCGGCGGCGAGAACUCCAACGCCUCCGACGGCGGCCACAGCAGCGCGCCGUCGUCCGGCAAGUGGAACGUGAACCGCUUCGAGUACGGCGACAACGACGUGGGUGAUGCCCCGCUGCAGCGCAACGACACCACGACCAACCUCAGCGACGGCGCCGCGCCGCCCGAGACCGCGCCGGAGCCGCAAGAGACGCGCGCGACGAACAUGCGGGUGGAGUACGUGUUGGCCGCCUGCUUCACGCGCUGCCACCCCCUCAUGACGGUCAUCGGACUCGUCGCCGAAAACAACCAGUACAACUGUGGGCACACCGUGGCGCAGGCGGUGCUGCAGUACGCCUUCACUCUCGCGCAGACGUCGGCGCUGCUGCUGCGCACCCCGCUGCUGACGAACUCGUGGAGCACCCCGUUUAUCGAGGCGAUGAUGCGCGGGCUGUCGGAGCUGGCGGCGCACGCCCACCAGUCUGUCUCCGUGACGCCGGCCGUCGCGCAGCCAGCCGGGGCACUCGGUGGGGGUGGCGGUGGCGGGGCAGGAGGAGUGACCAGCGGCGCCGCGGCAGCCGGCGCGAAUCUCACGUGGUCCUUCUCCUCUUCCUCGCCUGCAGCGGCGGUCGCUGCGGCGGUCGCUGGCCGGGCCGCCGCUGCCCCCACCGGACCGCCGCAGCUGAUGGGACCCGACCGAAGCUUCGCCCCCCUGCUGGCGGCCCACCUGAACGUCCCGACAUCCCUCGUGUCCUCCGCCAUGCAGCACGUGCCGCGACCGCGGCCGUACGCGUUUACCCCGCCGCCCACUAUCGUCGUGACCGGCGCGACGGCGGCCGAGGAGUCAGAGGUGGCGCAGGUGCGGACGAUGCGGCGCUGCUUGGCGCUGCACUGGGCGAAGUGCGUCCUGCUGAGCGCUCGCACACUGACCCGGGCCGGCACCUACGACGUCGCCGUUCCGUUCGAGCACUACGUGAACAUCCGCAACGCCCGAGUGCGCCUGCGGGGGCGCAUGAUGGAGUACCGCGACCGGAUGCGGAGCCACUUUGCGCACGGCGCGAACCACGAGAAGGUGCGGCGACUGGACGAGGUGUUCGCGCGCUGGGAGGCCGACGAACGGCGCAUGGCGAUGAACGACGUGACCAUCACCGAGGAUCCGAAUGGCAGCUUCACGACCGCGACGGCGCCGUUUACGACGCAGGGCACUCCGACCACGCCGGCGCUCUACGCCGUGGACUCCUUCGGCCGCGUCUCGCCCAUGCCUGUCACGGUCGGCGAGGGCGGGACGAUGAGUGAUCCGCAGACGGCGGUGGGCAGCGCGGUGCCCUCGCACUUCAACAGCGCCCGCAACAGCUACACCAUGACAUCCCCCUUCGCGGUGUCGACAGGACCGAACAGCAAGACGUGGACGCCGGUCGCCGCGACCACUGCGACCACAGCCCCCGCCCCCGCCGCGGACCCGAUACGGGAUCAGCUGCUGCUGCCCCAGCCGGAUGACUCUGACCCUGGCUCGAUCGGCGCCGACCCCCUCGGGCGCUCCUUCGAUGACACGAGUGGGACGGUCGUCACGGAGAAGGAGAGCUACCGGCGUGCCUUCGUCGACUCCUUCUGCUUUGGCAAGUCGGACUUUGAGCUGCUCUCGGCCGCACUGCUCGACAAGUCGCGCACCGCCGUUCAGGUGCCGAUCCACGUCAUCGUGUGCACCUCACUCUUUUCCGUCUUGGACGCCAUGGGCGAUGUGCUGCUGUGCGAGAAGCCGCGCCUCAACUCUGUCGUGGCGAACGAGCUGCUGACGCUGCUAUACGAGGCGCAGCUGAGCAUGUUGGAGCCGCUGCACGAUGGCGCGAUGGCUGUGGUCGAGCGGACGGGCUCCACCCCCUCCUCCACCGCCGCCACCACGCCCUCGUUCUCGCUGUGCUCCUCCCCUGAGAUGGAGCACCCUGGCGCGGACGUGAAGGAUGCGGCUACCUCCGACUCCUUCGUGUCCCCCACCUCGAUUCGGCUGCCUUCGACGGCGGCGACGUCGUCAUCGCCUUCCAACGCGUCCUCGCGCUCCUCCUCUUCGUCCUCCUGCGUCUCGUCGGCAUCCUCGGUGACGCUGUCGUCCGACGGUAGCACCUCCCAACCCGCACCCGCGCCGCCCGCGCCGGCGGACACGGAAAGGGAAAACGCUGUUUCUGGUCCGCCGCAUCGCGGUGGCGAUGGAGAGGGGGGCAGUGACAACCAGCCCGACAGCGUUCCAAGUCUUCACGCCGGUCCAGCACAACAGCAUCAUCCGAAGAAGAAACACACGAAACGCGAAGACAGCACCGCCAUCACCCGCGACGGGCACAUCUUGCUGUUCAACGAGUACGCGCUGCUGCUCGAGGCGGGCCUGCGGACGCCGCUGGUGGUGCGUCGCUGGCGCGAUGACGUCAAACGCAACCCCGAUCACGCCGCACGCGGCUACCUGUCCCUCCUCGAUCACCUGCAGUACCGCCAGUCGCAGUGGGCAGAGGCGUCGCGUGAGGAGUACCUGGUGUCGCGCAGUACGCUGCGCCUCAUGCUGGGCGUCACGGCCCGCGACGCCCGCGGCAACCUCCACGGCAACAUCUUGCACGUGGACGACUUGGAUGUGAUGGGCAGCCGCAAGGAGGAGGUAGCGCCGCGGUUAGGUGUGACGUCGUCGAAGGACUCCUUAACGACCCUGUACUCCGACGAGUGGGAUCCGUCGAUGGUCGAGCCGGCGGUGACAGCGCAGGCGCACAAAGUGGACGGCCGUGACGGGAGCAGCAGUGGUGAUGCCGUUGCCGUCGCGGCUGCUGCUUCGAGUGAGUCCAUCAACUCCGGCUCCAACCCGGCGAUGUGCAGUCAAGGCCCCUCGGUGGACUCGAUGGGCCACGACCACAGCGGCGACGGACUCGCAGAAAGCAAAAGGCAAGAAGGUGGAAGUGCGACAACAGCCCGUAGUAGGGCGGUGGAGGCGCUCUCCGCGUUGCCUUUGCUGCGCAGCACAGACCACUUCUCUGGCGAGGCUUUUAAGCCACCGAGCCGCGUUUUGGUGGCACCGGGCAUCGCCGCACCGCCCUCUCCAAGCGGCGUACCUGGCGUGACGUGCAGCUCCUCCGCGCAUUUAACGCCACCGGGCCUGCUGGGGCGGCCGCCUCUGCAAGGGACGGCGGUGAAGCUUGGGCCCCGCACGAGCUCUUUCGAGUGUGUGAGUCUGCUUGGCACGAGGAUGGAAACCAGCGACGAGGGCACCCCUCUGCAGGCCUCCUCCUCCUCUGCUGCCGCCGGCAACAGCAGCAUCGCUCACGCACAUCAUCGUCACCACAUUCCUCAUUACGUCGACGCGGAUAACUUGGAAGACGACGACGACGGCGAUGACGACCUCGAAGGCGUGGAGGAGGGUACGGAGGACCUGGACGAUGUGGCACGUGAUCGUCUCCACCACCGUCACCACCAUGAAGGCGCCCACGCGGGCGAUGACGCGCAUCACUGCGCCGUGUGCGCCAGUGAGGGACUCGCGAACUUCUCGUUUGCGUCCGCCGAGACGUCCGACGAGGAGAGGGAAGGGAGGGCGUCACCACCCAGCGCUUCCGCGUCGCACGUGACCGCACCGCAGUCGAUCGAGCAGCAGCGUCAUUCAUCGCACCUGCCUCGCCACGACGGUGCCGAUGGGACUGACAACUGUCACCACGCGCUUCACCAUCUGCAUCCGCAGCAGCAGCACAGCAGCGGCGUCGACAGCGUCUCUCGCGCCAGUCGAUCGCCGAGCCACCUCCACAGCGGCAACGGCAGCGACGACCGCGCCAACCACCGCAGACACUUGCGGCCUUCACACCCGUCUUGGCGUCUCAUGCCGACGCGCGUCACGCUGGCCGGCGUGCGAGCGGAGCUGGACACGAUGAGGACCCGGAUGCCGGACACGUGGACGCUGACGGAGCCACUCGCAGAGGAAGGGAACGCACCAUCGGCCGCUGCAGCAGCAGCAGCAGUGGCGGCGGAGAAGCAGAAGGAGAUCAACGGAGGUCUGGCAGAAGAGCACAGAUCCGCGGCGGCGGCAGGCCCAACGGCAGCCGCGCCAAGCGCCGUGCUCUACGCCCCGGUGCGCGUCACACCCGUCAACCCCAACAGCAUCAGCAACAACACCGAUGCAACGACGGCGGAGCAGGUGGAAUUGAAGGCGCCGGCAGCGAACACCGGCAGCGACAGCGCUCCAUCGAGUGUGCAGCCGCCGACCAGCGGAGAGGCGAGGGCAGGGAGGGGCGCAACACACGGCGAUGGUGACGUGGUAGGGGGGAGUGCAGGAGAGGGUCCACCGCCACCGUUAUCGCCAGCGGAGGCAACGGUGCCCUCGUCUGCGCUGCCGGCCAGCGUCGUCGCGGCGGCGGAGGAGCCGAAGGUGAAGACGGUGCAAGGAGAUGCGACGGCAGCUGCAGCUGGAGCGCUGACGGGGGUGUUGUCGGCGACAACAGAGGAGGAGGCGGCGGCGUGCGCCUGUGCAGAGGAAGUCCCUGCGACACGUGAACCAGUCCCGGGCAACGCUGCGGAUGUUCCGCUGGCUAGAGCGGCGAGGGAGGAUGAAGGCAAAGUUGGAAAGGUAGCCGGGGAGAACAAGACAGAAGUGUUCUCCGCUCUGUCCAGCCCACCACAGCUGCCGGCAGAGCCAGAAAGCAUCGUUGCCGUCGAAGAGGCGGUGCAACCAGUCGAGGCGAGUCCUCUGCUGGCGGGCUGCCUUCACAGCAGUAAUACCAGCAGCGGUAGCCGUAGCAACAGCACGAUGGAAAGCCCCCGCUCCGCCCCGGAAGAGUUGAGGACGACGGAGAACGCGGGGGAGGGUGCAGAAGUCGGGAGCGUCAACUCUGGCGCCGCCGUGCCUUGCGAUGACGCAGCGCCGGCCGACGCGGAUGUUACUCAUCGAGGCGGCAGCUGUGGUCCGGCUAGCCCGGUCGCGUCCCAGCAGGGGCUGCCAGGCAGUACGCUAGCCAUGACGCCACCAUCCGCCUCUUCGAAGGUGAUAUUGAUGGAGCUGCCUACGACGAAGGCGACAGCGGUCUUUGGCUCAAGCAGGCGGGCUGCCAGCGUCGGCGGCUGCGGCUUCACCGGGUCCCCGUUCUCGUCCCCCCGCCUCUUUGUUGAUGCGAUGGGCAGCAGCGCCCCGCUCGGCACCAGCAGCGGCGGUCUGCUGAGCGACGCCGCGCUGAACCGGGCAAUGCACCGUGUGCUGCAUCACCAUCGUGCGCUGCCGCUCGGGACGUCGCCGUCGAGCCUGCGCAGCACCUACCAUGCGUCGGCGCGCUCCACGCCAUGCUCGCCGCCCUCGCCGCCGUCCGCUGCGGCCGCCACCGUGGCAGAGGAAGCCGAUGGCAGGGGCAGCAACGGCGCGAGUAGUCUCCGUGGCGGGUCGCCUAUCCCGGGAGAACGUGGCAAGGAGCCGGAUCCGCUGCCGACGGCGCAUGCGAGAAAAGAGAAGCCGCGCCACCAGUCGUUGUCGACACGCGAUAUUUGGAAUCAGACGCUCUCGCAGCUGAAGCUGACCACCACAGCAGCAGCAGAAGGGUCGUCGCAGGAGGUGGGCGAGGAAAGAGUCGCACCUCAGCGCCUUUCCCUGGACGCGGCCUCCACUCCGACGGACGCGGAAGGGGCAGGAGCGGCUUCCAUGACGAAUCACGCGGCGAUGACGGUGCUUCCCGACAGCACAGACAACCUCCGCCACAGCAGCAGCAGCAGCAGCGUCGGCGAUCACGUGGAGGUGUCCUCCAGUGCGAUGGCGCUGCUUGGACAGGCCAGCACGGGCACCGUUUCGCCCACAUCGCCCAACACGUCGCACUCCGCGCCGCACGACCUGCAGUGGUACACCCGUGCCAACACCGCCGCCGCCCACCGGCCCCCGCGCAGCACCGUAUCCGUCGAGGAGCCGAUGUCGCCGGCCUCCGUCGACAACAGCCGCUUCUCCGUGGAGGGCAGCAGCACGGCGCAGGUGGCGGCGGAAGGGGUGAUGGGCGGUAUUCCAAUUGGGCAGGGCGGCGGGCGGUCGCGGCUGUGGCCGGCCGGCGCACGUUCCCGGCAGCGAUCGCCGCCGUCGGAGCGGCUGAACGGCGGUGUGCAGGUGAGUGCCGACGCGGCAGACCCAAGCAACGCACAAGGCAGCAGGGGCAUCACCUCCGUGACGAAGUCAGACUCGUGCGAUCUGUGUGCGCCAAGCACGAGCACCGCGGCGGCGGUCCCCUCCGUCAUGCAGCGCACCUCCGCAAGCGACGGCGGUGGUGUCAGCGACGUGGUGAAAAAGCGCAGGGAGGCGCAAACUCCACCGCCGCCGUGCGCCAUGCUGAACGGCAAAUCCUUGACCGAUGUCGAGCGUGCAUACGAACCGCUAGUACAUCACGUUCCCCUCCGUCUCAACAACCAUUCAGAUUCCCCGCUAAACAACCGGAAUGUGGCGGCGACUGAUUACGCCAGCGGCAACGACAGCGAUGUCUCAACGUGA